UUAAAGGCAUCCAAGUAAAAACUACAAAGAUGCAAAUUUUUAUUCUUCUUUCGCUAGCCCUCGUGGCCGCAUGGGCCACCUACUCACGGUGGUCGGAGCCGAGGAGGCGGAGCGUCCCUCCGGGGCCGCCUCGUCUCCCGAUCGUCGGCAACAUCCUCCAGCUCGGUCCAAACCCCCACAAGUCGUUCGCCCACCUCGCCAAAACCUACGGCCCCCUGAUGUCCCUCCAUCUCGGGAACCAAUUCGCCGUCGUCGUCUCCUCCCCGGAGAUGGCGACGGAGGUGCUCCAGAAGCAGGGCCUCGUCUUCGCGAACCCGUUCAACCCGGUCGCGCUGCGCGUGCUCGGCCACGACGAGAACUCCGUCGCCAUGCUGCCGUCGAGCUCCGCCACGUGGAAGAAGCUCCGGCGGGUGGCGAGGGAGAGGCUCUUCUCCCACCAAGCCCUUCAGGCCAGCCAGGGCCUCCGGCACGAGCGGCUGCGGCGGCUGAUCGACCGCGUCGGCGAGUGCCGCGGCGCCAUGAACGUCGGGGAAGCCACCUUCACCACCAUGUCCAACAUCAUGUUCGCGACGCUUUUCUCGGCGGAUUUCGGCGGCGGCGCGGCGGCGAGCAAGGUGUUGAGGGAGCACGUGAACUCUUUCACGAGGUAUAUAGGGCUUCCGAAUAUCUCGGAUUUCUUCCCCAUUUUUGCUCCCUUUGAUCCACAAGGAAUCAAGAAGAAGGUGAUUCAUCACCUCGGGGGAUUGCUGGAGAUCGUGAGCGGCAUGAUCGAGCAACGGCUGCAAGCAAGAAAGGAAUCAAAUUACCAGAAAAAGAAUGAUUUUCUGGAAACGCUGCUGGAUCUCAUCCAAGGGCAUGAAUAUGAUUUGAGCAUUGAAGAAAUUAAGCACUUGUGUGUGGACCUACUCAUUUCAGGAUCAGACACAAGCGCAGCCACAACGGAAUGGGCAAUGGUGGAGCUCCUCCUCCACCCCGACAAACUCGCGAAGCUGAAAGCAGAGCUGAAGAGCGUCAUCGGAGAUCAAACAUUGGUGGAAGAAUCCGACAUCUCGAGGCUCCCAUACCUGCAAGCCACCAUCAAAGAAGUGCUGCGCUACCACCCCGCCGCGCCUCUGCUAGCUCCUCACGUCGCCGAGGAGGAGACGCAGCUCGACGGAUACCUAAUCCCCAAAAACACCAAAAUGUUCGUCAACGUCUGGGCGAUCACCAGAGAUCCCACCAUAUGGAAGGAUCCCGAGCGCUUUGAGCCCGAGCGGUUUUUGGAUAAGGACAUUGAUUUUUCGGGGCAGCAUUUCGAGCUGAUUCCGUUCAGCUCGGGGCGGAGAAUCUGCCCCGGGAUGGCGCUGGCUAGCCGGAUGCUGCCUUGUAUGGUGGCGGCGCUGUGUCACAACUUCGAUUGGGAGCUUGAGAGAGGGAAUGAAAGCAAAAGGUUGCAGAGAGAGGAUGUGUUUGGGCUGGCGCUGCAGAAGAAAACCCCUCUUUGGGCGAUUCCCAUCAAGGUUUGAUGGUGGUUUGUGUGAUUGAUUUCGAGUAGUAAUAAGAGAUUAGAAUGUGAAACGUGUUUGUAUAAUUCAAUCAAAACCAAUGCUUUGUAGAAAAAGAACAAUAAACAAGAUAUGUAUGCGUUGGUCAAUGUAUUUGGAGAACUGCGCAGAAGGUGUUUGUGAAAAUGCCUCGCAGAGAUAUUAUUAGCAAAGAGUUGUCAUUAAAAUGAAGUGCAGAAAUUUGGAGAACUGCGCAGAAGAUGUUUGUGAAAAUGCCUCGCAGAGAUAUUAUUUGUAACACCCCGAUAAUUUAGAUUUAUUAUAGUAUAAGCUUAAUUAUUAGUAUUUUCUUA